AUGGAACAAAGGGCGCAGCUGCAUAAGGAUCCAGAUGGACAACUGGUUAAUGCAACUGAGUAUCAUUGCAUCAUUGGUUGCCUGGGGUAUUUACUUCAUACAAGACCUGACCUUUCUUUUGCUGUUGGAGUGGCAAGCAGAUUGAUGGAGAUGCCUACGGUGAUGCAUCACAAGGUAGUGAAGCAGAUUCUUCGGUAUUUGAAGGGCACCGUGCAUUAUGGUAUUGUGUAUACUAGAGAAGGAGAAAUAGAGAUGAUCACCGGCUACACUGAUAGUGAUCUGGCUGGUGACAUGGAUGACAGAAAGAGUGUUGGAGGUAUGGCUUUCUACAUUAAUGAUAGCUUGGCAUCAUGGAACUCGCAGAAGCAGAAAACGGUGGCUUUGUCUUCCUGUAAAGUUGAGUUUAUAGUAGCAACGGCGGUGGCAUGCCAAGCACUGUGGCUUAGAAGUCUGUUAGGGGAGCUGUAG